GAAAUUAUUUGGACACCGAUACUGUACCUCUUCCUGGUUGAUGUGGACACCGGGAAGAACUGCGGGGUGAGGUCUGUAACUGAGUAAAUAAUGGAGAAAAUCAGUAAACUUGAGUCAGAAAAGCCAUGGGAUUCGUCGAGUUAGUGAGGUUUUAAAACUCUCUUUUAUUCCGGACUAACAGACAUUUAUUCCGGAGCUUUUCCUGUUCCGCUUCCCUUUCAUACUUCCAGUGUUGCGGUGCAUCUCCCAUUAGCUCACUAUGGAUUGUUAGCUGCUAACCAAAGUCGCUAACGCUACAUGCCACUGCAGUGCACCUGUCACCAGCUUCUUUGUCUGACUCAUGUCGGUGGCUUCAUUUCCUAUUGUCUGUUAGUUAAUUAAACUUGUUAACAUAAACGCUUGCUCCCUUUUCUGCUCACUUUCUUCAACGUGGAAGGCGUCACUAUCCGAAAACAACCUGCACUGCCAAAGCUAGACAAAGAAGAUGAACUGACGAUAACUCCCUGCGUCCAGAUAUGUAUAAUAUGAACUCUGUAUGCGUCCCGCUGGAUAUUUUUAAACCGAAAUAGUCCGCCAGUCCCGACAGUAAGAAAUGGCGUCCUCCAAAGCAACAGUCGUAGUCAACAGUGAGACCAGCUCCCUGAGAGAAAGUAAAAGCAACGCCAGCGGUUCAGCUGGAGAAGCAUCACCAAAUAACCGUUUAUAUUGCCUUGAUGACCUGGAGACCAUUGCCACAGUUGGCACAGGGACUUUUGGCCGAGUCUUCCUGGUGAAGGACAAGAAGAGCAGGGCCUUCUACGCCCUAAAGCAGAUGAAGAUCCCUGAUGUGAUCCGACUGAAGCAGGAGCAGCAUGUCCACAACGAGAAGGAGGUGCUAACAGAGGUCAACCACCCUUUCCUCAUCCGACUGUUUUGGACUUACCACGACGAGCGCUUCCUCUACAUGCUGAUGGACUAUGUGCCAGGCGGCGAGCUGUUCAGCUACUUACGCAGCCGCGGGCGCUUCAGCAAUGCCACUGGGCUCUUCUAUACCUCUGAGAUCGUAUGCGCCAUUGAGUACCUCCACUCCAAAGAAAUUGUCUACCGUGACCUGAAGCCUGAGAACAUCCUGCUGGACAGUGAAGGACACAUCCGCCUGACUGACUUCGGCUUCGCUAAGAAGCUCUCUGACAGGACCUGGACUCUGUGUGGCACUCCUGAAUACCUGGCUCCUGAAGUCAUCCAAAGCAAAGGUCAUGGCCGAGCGGUGGACUGGUGGGCUCUGGGCAUCCUCAUCUUUGAAAUGCUGGCUGGGUACCCACCAUUCUUUGAUGACAAUCCAUUUGGAAUCUAUCAGAAGAUCCUGGCCGGAAAACUUGAAUUCCCACGCCAUCUGGAUUUCUAUGUCAAAGACCUCAUCAAGAAAUUUCUGGUCAUUGACCGAGCCAGACGGCUGGGCAACAUGAAGAAUGGAGCAGAUGAUGUGAAGAAGCAUCGCUGGUUCAAGACAAUUGACUGGGAGGCAGUUCUGCUGAGGAAACUGAAGCCUCCCAUAGUUCCUAAAGUUUCCCAUGAGGGUGACACCUCUAACUUUGAUGUUUACCCAGAGGACGACUGGAAGAAAGACCCUCCUGUGCCUCAAAAGGACUUAGAGAUCUUCAAGAACUUCUGAUCACUCAGCUUGGUUAUUUAUUGAUGGAAUAUCCUGAGAAUUGACACAACAUAUUGUAAAGUUACAGGUACUAUCGUGGAGAAAAUCCUUAUUUAUCAAAGCCGGGGAGUUUUAUCUGUAAUAAUGGUCUCCCCAAAGACAAACUCCAAGUGAUCAAUGCUGUGACAUGUAUCAUACCACAGAGAUUAUUUGCUUUUUAUAUUUUUAUUUAUCUGACUAAAGUCAAACCUUUGCUGUUUUAAUUUUUUUAUCACAGUUUUUUCUCUGAGCCUGCUCAUAUGCAAGAAUUUGCAAAAAAAUAAAUAAAUAAAAAAUCUGGUUCUUUUGAAACCAAAAGACUGUUACUUUAGGGGUUUAAAAAAGAGAAUUAUCAGGUCUUUUUUUAAUAUUAUCAUGUUUAAUAUUUUAUCUCUUUUUAAAAUAUUCAUGCAGUCACAUUUAAUGUGACUCUAAACUGGUGCUGUAACUGUCAGCUGGCCAGUAGUCAUUAAUGUGCGGUUUUAGACUUAUUAUACUGUAUGUUAGUCAUGAGUCAGCCACUUUAUUAUUUGAAAAUGCGUGAACAGUAGCACUUGUAAAAAGGUGCCUUACAUCACAGUGCAUCAUGGGACUCUCAGUACAUGAGAACAGGCUACUGAAUGUGCUGCUUUGUCUCCGACUGUAAAGUUCUUUUUCCAGCUCUGUUAUUUCCUCUUGCAAGUCUACAAUACGGUUUAUUUACAGCCAAAGGACUUCGGUAUUACCAUAGAGUCACAGCUGUUCUACAAAUGAACUACAGACUUUCCCAUGACACUUUGCGCUCGUUCACUUCACGCAUCAUUAUCAGCAUCAUUCAUGCUUUUAAAGCCAAGUCAUGUGAGGUGGAAGGUGCUGGGGUGUGAGGAACUCACUCUAUAGAGCAGUUACAGUUGACCUAGUCAGUAUUUAUUCGCAUUUCAGUUUAUUGUGUAGUCAAGGCUUAAUUUGGUAUUUCAGGACAAUAUUGGCCUUUAAAAUAAACUUCAUAUGAUUUUGUUCGCUGACAUUAAAAUCCAAGUGGUGAUGUGAUUUUUGUGCCUCGCCCUUCAUUAUAGAACUGCUACCCAACUAACAGGAUCUCAUCGGUGUUGAGACCAAAAACAGUGCUGGGUCAAAAAAGCUCAAGCAGCUGCGUUGGUGGGGGCGUGGUGUUUCGGGUACCGGCGACACCGUGUCUACACUGGCUGCAUUGCGACCGCAGCAGCUUCAGUCCUCUGUCAGUGUCCGCACAUGAUGCGUUCAGGCACAGUACUGCCAUGGGUUUUUAAGGAAAACUAGGGUUUGUUACAAUAUAGGUUUUAUUUUCGUAGUUCUUCAUCAUGUUUAUCAAAUGAUUGUUGCUUGCAAAUUGUCGAUUGAUUAAAAAAAAAAUUAAUCAACUUUUGAUUGGAGAAACUUUUAAAAUGAGAGAUAUGAUCUCAUGCUGCAAAUUGCAGCUUCCAUGUUGUUGCAAAUUUGGUGAAAAUGGGCCCUUGCAGGUAAUUGAUUGGCCAACACAGCACCUUGCAGGAUGACAUCACGUUGCUUUGUGGCAAGCAUUUGAGCCAGUUUCAACUUUCUUGCUGGACAACCCUGCGUUGCCAUCACAGUGGAAUGAAUAAGGAAGCUGCGUUUUUUCACACAGUGCUUAAUGUUGGUCUGAACAAAGCCAUAGUUUUAUAUUCAGUGCACAGUUUUAGGACGUUUUGUCAUCUGCUAGCCUCUCAUUAAUUUCGGUGAAUAUUGUUUUGAUACACGGCUGACAACACUAGCUCGCAUCAGUGAAACUUCCAGUUCUCUGCAGUGUAUCCGUUACCUUUUAUGUGUUGUUGCUUGACCCUACAGGAGUAAACACUUGAAACACAAGUGUUUUUGUGUGUUUUCUCUUAACAAUCCAGAAUAUGAUUUGUUAGACCAAAUAUUUAGCAGGCACCUGACAUCCUCAUCACUCCAUGUUUUUCCUCAUUCACACAUUUUCGUCUGGCUGCUGCUACACUCACCACUAUCAACUAAAGUCUAAAUCUGGCUCCUGUGAUUUACUUUUGUUUGCUUUCACAUUGCAACUGUUAGAGCAUUAUUAUGUGCCAGAGGAGUGAAUCCUUCUGCAUAGAGCCUGGUCAGUACUGGAUUUGAUGGCAAUGUCAAUAUUUGACAUGUUGACAGAUAUUCUUCUUUUAACACAUGAACACAUGACGUAAGGUAAACAUUUUUGAAUAAAAAUUGGUAUCAAAAACAACAAAAAUAUAUUAUAGUUGAAAGAAGAAAACUAAACCUUUUUUGAAUCAGGGGCUGUAUUCACAAAUCAUCUCAAGCUCAAACGUUUCCCCUAACUGUCUGAGUGAGGAGAAAUUCUCAAAGCAUUUUAACACUAAAACCAGCUCCAGUGUGAGAGAAGUUAGACUAAGAGAGUUAGACAGUCCACUCCUGCCUGCGCUGAUGAAAGUUGGAUUUCCCAUUCUCUGACACAGGCCAGUCCCCUUGUCUGUCAACCAAUCACUGUGCACAUAGUGAGGAUGCCCAUUCAUGAAACACAAUAUCAACGCUUUGUGAAUAUGUCUUACUCCACUGAUUUAGCAUUGCACUCUUAUAACAUUGUCAGAGUCACGAUGGACAAUCUUUAAAAAAGGCGAUGCAGCAGAACCAGAGAUAUCGGCUUUUUUUUUUAUUCAACACAUUCUUCUUCCUUGUCAAAACCUGGCAUCUACAUUACCCACAACGCAACUCGGCAGGCCGACAGUUUGGUCAGAGAUCUGGCUGUGUUAAGCUAGUAGCGGCUAAUGUAGCCUGGAGCUGACUCAAGUGACAUCACUUGAGGACAUUUGUCAGAAUUUACACAGCUCCCUCUGGAGACACUAAAGGCUUUAUACUACUUUUAAAACAUAUGCAGUAGAAGUGCCCAACACCUGGAAACACACUUAAAUAUGUAAAAACAUGAAAUGGCCGCAAAACAUGUCUUUGGCAUUUCUCUGCUGACAGUUCUUGUUACUUAUUAGAUGUAUACACUUAUAAUGAUAUAUCUGUGAUAAGCUAUAUUCACCAAUAAUAUCUGGCUGAUAUAUCAGUUCCACACUACUGGAAAAUGUUAAAUUCAGUAAGUUUAUGCAUAAAAUAUCAGAUUCUAGCAGCUUCAUAUUGAAUCCAUUGCCACUGUGUUCAAAAAGGCCUACCAGUCGAUCCUGUAUUGUUGAUUCAGCAUCAAUGAGACAAACUUCUUGUCACUUAAUUUCAAACGUAAAAGCACAUCAGUACCUUGUCCCUUCUACAGUGAACAUGUGCAGUAUACUAUAUGGGCAUGCACAAGACAUCAGUAUAUAUUCCCACCACAUUCAGUAGCAGCUCUGUGUCUCUUGUUUAUGUGUAGCGUUUAUAAUGUAAAAAAAAAAAAUCAUUACCACUGUUCAGUCUGUCUGUAAUGUCACAUGUAAUGUAUGUAACGUUUUUUCUGCUGAGUAGAGGAAACUGGACUGCUCUCAGUAUGGUGCUCGUCCAUUUAGAGCAGGUUUUGUAUAAUGCAUGUGUUGUCUUUAACCUCCAACCCCAGCCCAUUAUGUCUUACCCAGCGAUAUGUUUUAUAUUUCUUAACCUUUGCCUUUUGAAAUGUUUGUUUUGUCAGCGUAAUCAUACAUCGUUUUCUACCCAGUACAUAAUGCCUUUUAAUGUACAGGAACACCCUUUAUACCUUGAAUUAUGGAACUUUAAGCAAUGGCACAUGUUUGUAUGAAGACUUGUAUGAAGAGUCUUUGGAAAUGUUUGAAAAACUGGAAUUGACAAGAAAGAAACGUUGUCUUUUCUCUUC